AUAUUAUCAAAAACUCUUUGAAACAUUUCUGAUAUAAUAAUAAUACGUAAACAAUGAAAACUUAUUUAAUAUUUUUAUAAAUUUUAAGAUAUUAAAGUAAAUUUUUUGAAAUAUUUUUACAGUUUUUUAAAAUUUUCCAUAUAAAUAUAGUCCAAAUUCUACUCCACGUCAUUUUGUUGGAAAGAGUAGCACCUACGAAACAAUUGGAAGUGGAAAAACCCAUCAACUUCUGGGCCAUAUUAGAGCCCACACGAAACUUCCACUGAGAUAAAAUUUCAUAAAUCAACGAAUAGAAGACUCUAAAACACUCUAGAACCAGCCUUCAACAUCAUUAACAACCUGAAGAAGAACUCCAUAAUAUCCAAUCCAUGCUGUCAAAAAUAUCCCCUCCUCCCUGAAACUUCUCGAACCUACUCGUAGCGUACAGAUUCCCCAUUUAAACACCACCGUCUCACACCAAAUUAUAAACACAUCAAAAAAAUCAAAACAAUCCAAUCAAAUUCUCACAGCUAAUCAAUCAAACAAGCAGUCACAAUGAUGAAUAAUUAUCCAUACUACACUAAUCAAUUCACGUACCCACACUACUCCUCUCGCAUCCCCGUCGAAACCAAAACGACGCCGCAGCCGCCUCGGAAAGUCGUUACGAUCGCUGUCUCCGACGGAUCUGAACGUCCGCCUCCGCCUGUGCCUAACAAGUCAGACUGCGCUGUUAAAAUCCAGAAGGUGUUCAGAGGAUUUCUAGUGAGAAAGAGCGUGAAGAAAAUUAGCGAGAUAAGGAACGAAGUUGAUGAGAUUGAGAAACUUUUAGCGACGGAGGAACAAAUAGAGGUGAUGAGAAAUGAUAGUAAAGAGAGACUGAAAGUGAGUGAGAUGAUCAUGCGUUUGUUAUUGCGUUUAGAUUCCGUUCGCGGCGUUGAUUGUGGCGUUAAGGAUUUGAGAAAAUCGGUUAUUAAAAAAGCUAUUAGGUUACAAGAAAUUGUUGAUUCUGUUGUUUUGAAUAGUAAUAAUAAUAACCUCAUCGGAGAUGAUCAAACCGCCGAUGCACCGCGGCAAGAAGCAGAAGAAGAAGAAGUGAUUAACGGCGUCAACUCUGAUUCUGAUUCCGUUAAGAAAAAUGCAGAACCGGAAAUUAUGGAGAUGAGUCAAGCUGAUUCGACAAUGGAAAUCAAUGAGGCUGAGAAGGAAGAAGGAGAAGUAAAUUCUUGUGACGGAGAAGAUAAGGAGGUGGUGCCGGCGGAGGAGAAUGGCGGUGGCGGGAGGAGCGGAGAGUUGAUGGAGAAGAUGAAGGAGGAUAAUGAGAAAAUGAUGGAAUUAAUGGGGAAAUUGUUUGAAAGAAAUGAGAUGCAAACGAGAAUGUUGAGUUCUCUUACGCAGAGAGUUGAACAGUUGGAGAGGGUUUUGGUUUGCGAGAGGACCAAGAGGAACAAGAAGAAGAAGAGGAAUUCAGGUGGAAUUGCUGAUUUUUUUGAAUCAAAUCAAAAUUGUAAGAAAUUUGGAAAAAGAUAAAUUAAAUUUUGUUGGUGUUGGGUACAAUAUUAAAUAAUGUGAAGAUUUCAAUUGUUCUUGCUGUUCA